UUCUCCUACUAUGGCAUGCGAGCUGUCCUGGUGCUGUACUUCAAGUACUUCCUGCGCUGGGACGAUGACUUGGCAACGUCCAUCUACCACGUCUUUGUGGCUCUCUGCUAUCUCACCCCCAUCCUCGGGGCCAUUGUGGCUGACUCCUGGCUGGGAAAGUUUAAGACGAUCAUCUACUUGUCCAUUGUCUAUGCGAUUGGCCAGAUUGCGAUGGCUGUAAGUGCAGUCCAUGACAUCACUGACGCGGACAGAGACGGGUCACCAGACAACAUGACCUUUCAUGUCGUGUUGUCCAUGGUGGGUCUCUUCCUCAUCGCUCUGGGCACCGGCGGCAUCAAACCUUGUGUUGCUGCCUUUGGUGGAGACCAAUUCGCUGACCAUCAGGAAAAGCAAAGAAGAACUUUCUUCUCUGUUUUCUACCUGUGCAUCAACGGUGGGAGUCUCCUGUCCACCAUUAUCACUCCGAUCCUGAGAGCUCAGGAAUGUGGCAUCUACACUAAGCAGAAGUGUUAUUCUCUGGCCUUCGGCGUCCCUGCAGCACUUAUGGUGGUUGCACUUGUGGUGUUUAUUGUUGGGAGUGGGAUGUACUACAAAACUGAACCGCAGGGAAACAUCAUGCUGGAUGUGUGUAAAUGUAUCGGGUUUGCCGUUAAAAACCGCUACAGGCACAGAAGCGAACAACACCCAAAGAGGAAGCACUGGAUGGACUGGGCAGAGGAAAAAUAUGAAAAACUCCUCAUCGCUCAAAUCAAAAUGGUGCUGAAGGUCCUCUUUUUAUACAUCCCACUCCCGAUAUUCUGGACGCUGUUUGACCAAAAGGGCUCUAGAUGGACUCUGCAGGCCACCGCCAUGGAUGGGGACUUUGGGUUACUUGUUAUACAGCCGGAUCAGAUGCAGACUGUCAACCCUAUCCUGAUCCUGACUCUGGUGCCUAUCAUGGACAGCGUAAUCUACCCUCUGAUCAAAAAAUGUGGCCUGAACUUUACACCUCUGAAGAGAAUGACAGUGGGGAUGAUGAUGGCGGCUAUAGCUUUUGUCUGCGCUGCUUUGGUUCAGCUUCAAAUUGAUCAAACAUUACCCACAUUCCCAUCAGCCUCCCAGAGUCAGUUGAAAUUACUCAACAUGGGCAGUAAUCAAGUGACGGUGACGCUGACUGGCAACGAUCCUCUGCUACUUCCUGCAGCUCAGGCCAGUGAUGAAUUCUUCACAUUUGACCUAGAAAUAAUCCGUGUUUCGAUAGGCAGCCCUGAAGAGACAAAAUAUAUUCUCUUAGCCAAAGGAAAGCGACAAACGCUUCUUAUUCCCUCAAACAUCGCUGACGAAUGGUUGUUGACGGAUGAUUUGACCGCCAAGCCAGAACAAGGCAACAAUGCAAUCCGAUUUAUAAAUGGAAUGAAUGCAGCAGUGAACGUGUCGACUCCUGCAGCUCACUUUGGACUAAUUGAGUCGUUUUAUUAUUCCAACUACUCACAGAUAACAAAUGGAAAGUCCAUCUUCACCAUACAGAGUGGUUCACAGUCAUGUGAAUACAGCAGGGACUUUGGAUUUGGAAGUUCAUAUACUUUAUUUAUCCCCAGCACGUUGAUCUUUGGACAGAAUUGUCAGGAGUCUGUUACUGCAGUAGAAGACAUCAAGCCCAACUCAGCUCAUAUGGCUCUCCAGAUCCCACAGUAUUUCUUCAUCACUGCUGGUGAAGUGAUGUUUUCUGUUACUGGUCUGGAGUUCUCCUACUCACAGGCACCUAGUAACAUGAAAGCAGUGCUGCAGGCUGGCUGGUUGUUCACUGUUGCUAUUGGCAACUUCGUCGUACUGCUUGUGGCUAAUAUUCUAAAGAUUCGCAAACGGUGGGUGGAGUACGUCGUAUUUGCCUCUCUCUUGGUUGUAGUGUGCUUCAUCUUCUCCAUUAUGGCGCAUUUCUACACCUACACUGACCCUACAGAAAUUGAGGCCCAGUUCAGGAAGAAGGUUGAUAAAGAUGAUGAGGAUGAUAAAAGCCAGCACGAGAAGGCCGAGUUCGAGAUGGUCAAGAAAGACUUUAAAAGUCACGACGAUGAAGAUGAAGAUGAACAUGAUAAAACCAAACAGACCAACAUGUGAACGUAAUACAUUUAUAUCUGAUGUUUAACAUCGACACGAGGUAGAAUAUGCAUUCAGCCAGUGUUGUCCGUGUGUGUGUGUGUGUGUGUGUGUGUGAGCGUGUGUUUUAAUAUUUUAUAUUUUAAUGCCAAAAUGACUAUCGUGAGCAAAGUGCACAAAGUUCUCUAGCAUUAUAUUCAGUACAGCAAAUUCAUGUAAUGUUAGCUAUAGUAUUAUAACAACAAAGACAGAUGAACGAUUUACA